CUAGACUUCUCUGUUGAACAAUAGAGCCAGCUAUUUCGUUGCACUGUUUAUAUAGAGCUGUUCAAGACACAACUUCAAUAAUAAUCAGUACAGAAGUAGCUUUCCUGUUUCCAGAAAUGUCUAACAUAUUUGAAGUGAAUUCAGGACAGAAUUUGUCAAGCGCAACUAUGGAAAAAGACUCACCAAGAUACCUGCAGUGGAAGCUCUCCAGACUACAAGAAAAGUAUAGGAACGAAAGAGAAUUCUGGUCAACGGACUGUAUUAAACACAGCAAAGAUGUCAAGAUUUGGGAAGACACAAUCCAGGCUCUCCAAUUAGAGUUGGCAGCUAUAAAAGAGAGGGAGAGUCAACUAAUAAACCAAUUAAAGACCAGUGCUGAUAACAAUGAGAAACUUGUCCUGGAGAAGGCUAUCUUGGAAGAUUCUUUUCAGAUCAAGGAGAAUAAAAGUUAUGCAAUUGAGGCAAGACUCGAGUUGCAGCUACAAAAUAACAAGGAAGACUAUGAGAAAACAUUGGCAGAACUUAAACACGAGCAUGAACAAAAUAAAACAGUCAUGAAAGCUGACUUUGAGCACAGGCUGCAGCAAGUGCAAGAAGAAACAGACACUCGUUUUAAAGAACUAGAACAGGUACAUCAGUGUGAGGUGAAAAAAUUAAAUACCCAGUACCAUGAGAUGGAGGAGAAGCACAAAAUGGUAGUGGAGAACUUACGAAACUUAUUAUCAGAAAAAGAAGAAGAACAAAGAAAACAUUAUGAAGAAGAAGAAAUAAGAAAGGAAGAAACAAGAUGUCAAAAUGUUCGCCUACGCAAAAGCCUCGAAUUGAAGGUAGAGGCUUUAAAAAGGAGGAUUACUGACCUGAAAUAUAAGGAAGAUCUAACUCCAAAGGUGUUGGCAUUAGAGAACACUGUAAAAGAAAAAAACAAAGUCAUUGGAAACAAAAACAAGGAGAUAGCUGCCUUAAAAAAGGACAGACGUGAAGUACAAGAGCAUUGGGCCAGAGAACAAGACAACAGUGCUGUUUUACUUGUGAAGUACAAUGAAGUUAAGGACAACUACCAGACUCUAGAGGACGAUAAAAAACAACAACAGGCCAAGCUCCAAACAACAACUGAAGAUCUAAAUAAGGCCCACCGAGAGAUUGCCAACCUGACGGAAACUAUUGACCGUUUAAAAUACAAAGUGAAGACCAGUAAGCUGAGGGCUGAAGUCAGCAACCUGGAAACAUAUCAGCAGCGUUUUAAGGCUGAUUUACUGUCGUGCAUGUCUGUGAUCACUGAGCCCCAGAAAUUAAAAAGAAGAAUCAUCAAUCUCAAAAAACGCUACAUAGACAAUGAUAUGCAAGUGGGGAUGGACGAAGAAACUGAGUCCGCGUAUCAACGUCAAGCUACAAUCAAGUUAUUAAAUGAAAAGAUCGUGGAGGUGCACAACUUAAAAAAACUGGUAACGGAAAAAGACAGGCUGCUGGAAAAGGCAACAAAGCCGGCUCAUGAGAGGGUAAAAUCUUGGAUUACUAAGAAAGUCCUUCGAAUUCCCCAAGACGUGACAAAGUGUGCAGAGGAAACACCAACCCUUGUUCCAGACGACUGGCAGCCACCAGGCCUCCCAAAUGAAAAUAUCACAUCACCUGUGCAAUCCUGUACAGAUGAUCACGGUAUCAUACAUGUGAUACCCUUUGUGGAUGAUGGUCUCCCACCAGUUGACUCAUAAAUUUCAACACUAAUAUUGUAAAUUACCUUGUGAUGGCCACAGCCAUGGCCACACAGACAUCUUAAAAAGUGGUAAUCUCACACUUUA